CUGUUUCAGGUAUUGUGUUAUCUCGGAUUUUCUCGGAAUCUAGUGAUUCUGCACACUAUACAACUUUUCGUCAUCACGCAACAGCUUCCGUCAAAUUUAAGAGUAGAAGACAUCCAGUUCUGGAAUCGAAUUGGAAGAGAACAUAUAGAGCGAAAGCUGAAGGCAAAUCCUUAUCUGUUGAAAAUGAAAAGGCCAAAAAAUGUGAUUCUAUUUGUUGGAGAUGGAAUGGGUGUUGGCACUGUAACUAGCGGAAGAAUCCACAAAAAGCAAAUUUUGAAAAGUUCUUAUGUAACUGAAUCAUUGUUCUUCGAAAAUUUUCCAGCAGCAGGUUUAGUUAAGACAAGUUCUCUCACCCAUCACGUCACCGAUUCUGCUGCUGCAGCAAUGGCAAUGUUCUCUGGAUGGAAAGCGGACGGCUUUAUGUUAGGGAUGAAGCCAAACUCAAAGACACCUUGUACGGCUAAUAAAACAUUUUGGAUUACAGAAGGAAUCGCAGAGUCUGUUUUAGAAAAAGGUCCUGCACUCAAACUAAUAAACGAGAAGAAGCAAAAUUUUUAA